AUGUCGACUCCUUAUCGUCGAAACAUGGCUCGUCUAAGUGCAAAAAUCUUCAACAACUCAUCUCCUUUAUCCGUAAAGGACGAGACUAUUGAGAAGAUGAACAGUCGUCUUCUUCUUGAACCGUACGAGCUGGAUAAGAAGUUUAUCAAAUAUUAUCCCCCGUUCAAAGAAAUGACUCUUUUGACCAGAUAUUUGCGUAUUUUGGGGGUGUACAGAGACGAACAUCUGGACUUUAAAGAGGAGAUCGAACGCUCGCAGGCACAAAGAGGCAAAAUGAAACAUAUAUGGCGCCCAAAAGGCGACAAAGUUGCCUAG